CGGGGCGCUGGGGCUGGGUGGGGGGCAAAUACACCCAUGGGGACCCCCACCACGGAGGAAGGGGGUGUGGGGUCUGUUCGUCUGACCCCCUCUUCCCUCACAGGCGGGGCCACGGGGCACCCCAUGGCCGCGCUGCUGCUGCUGCUGCUGCUGCUGCUGCCCCACGGCAUCGGGGCGACCACCCCGCAGCCCACGCUGGCGCCGUGCCGCUGCGACACGGUGGGCAAAGCGCCGGACGCGUGCCCCUACCCCCAGUGCCUCUGCUCCGCGCCCCACGGCCCCGUCAACGCCUCCGAGUUCCACGCACGGGAAUGUCGGGGCAGCGCGGGGACGACGGCGGCGGCCGUGGGUGGCAGCUUGGCAGCGGCGGCGGCGGUGGUGGUGGCGGUGGCGGCGGUGGUGGUGUGGAGGUGCAGGAGGACGGCGGGCGCUGCGGGGUGGGGGAAGCGGGAGCCCCCCCCGGUCAAAGGGCAGCCCCGCUACAUCAGCCGUGAGGCAGAGAGCGGCCCCGCUGCCGUGGGGGUCUGCCUGGCGCCCGACUAUGAGAACGUCUUCGUCGGCUCCUGUGCGGCCCCCAGCGAGGCCCCGGUGCGGGACAGGACACAAGGGUGGCAGCAGAAGGGGUACAGCCCCCAGGCGCCGUCGGACGAUCUCUAUUUCCUGGAGAGCGACACAGGGGAGCAGCCCAUCUAUGCCAACACCGAGACCCCCGGAGAGGACGUGUACGUCAUCCCCGACCCGUGAGGGCAGCGCCUCGGGAGCUUCCGCCGCGCUGGGACGGCAGAGGGGAUUUUUCCCCUUUUUUUUUGUUCUGCAACGAGAGCACAAACCGCUGCGCGGCCGCUUCCUGCGCGGGGCCGAGAGCGGAAGCGGCCGCUUCUCCUCGGGGUUCGCUCCGCGAAAUGGGGACGGGGCACCGGGACGCGCCGCUCCCCGCACGUCGCGCUGCGGCACCGAGCGCCGCUCGAUGGGGACGGCCCCGCUGCUGCCCUCUGCUUUCCUGCGAAAUCCGCCGGUUUGGGGCAAAAGUGCCAUUUUUGGACGCUCUUGGCAGUGUCUGGCUGCGAGGUGACGGCUCUGGGACGUGCGCGGGGGGAGGCGGUGGGGACACGGGGACACCCCUUGUCCCAGCCCUGCGCGGCUCCUUGUGAUGCCCCACGGUGACAUUAAAUGUUGGGCUGUCCUCAGUGA